AUGAAGUUCGGCAGCCGGCUCUGCACCCUGAACGUUGGCGGUCGCAGGUUUUCCUUCCCGGUCGACCUGAUGAAGCGCCUUCCUCUCAGCAGGCUCAGCAGGCUGCAUCGAUGCGGAUCAGAGAGCGAGCUGUUGGAACUCUGUGACGACUAUGAUCGAGACAGAAAUGAAUUUUUCUUCGACAGGCACUCUGAGGCCUUCAGCUUCAUCAUGCUGUACGUCCAACAUGGGAAGCUGCGCUUCGUGCCUCACAUGUGCGAACUGUCCUUCUACAAUGAGAUGUUGUACUGGGGCCUAGAGAGCUCCGACCUGCAGCCGUGCUGCCAGCGCCGUCUCGAUGACUGCCUGUCUGACUGCUUCAUCCACUUCUUCCCAGAGGAGGAGCAGCGGGUCCCAGAGGAACCUCAGAGCCACUGGCUGGAGAGGAUGAGGAGGACGUUUGAGGAGCCCACAUCCUCACUGUUGGCUCAGAUCCUCGCCUCAGUGUCGGUGCUCUUUGUGAUUAUCUCCAUCGUCAUGCUGUGCGCCAGCACCUUGCCAGACUGGAAGACAGCAGAGACCGUGGACCAGCACAGGAUCAUCGAGGCAGUUUGCAUUGGUUGGUUCACAGCUGAGUGUGUCGUCCGUUUCCUUGUGUCCCGUGAUAAAUGUGAGUUUGUUCGUCGUCCUCUGAACAUCAUUGACCUGCUGGCCAUCAUGCCUUACUACGUCUCUGUUACCAUGACGAUGCUGACGGGUGAGAAUUCCCAGCUGCAGAGGGCUGGUGUCACGCUGCGUGUUUUACGCAUGCUUCGAAUCUUUUGGGUAAUAAAGCUGGCGCGCCACUUCCUGGGCCUACAAACUCUUGGGUUAACCUUGCGCCGCUGUUACCGUGAGAUGGUGAUGCUUCUCAUCUUCAUCUGUGUUGCCAUGGCAAUUUUCAGUGCGCUGGCCCAGCUGCUGGAGCAUGGAUUGGACCUGGAGACUGGAAACCAGGAUUACGCCAGCAUCCCUGCCGCAUGCUGGUGGGUCAUCAUCUCUAUGACAACGGUGGGAUAUGGGGACAUGUACCCAGUAACGGUGGCAGGCCGAGUCCUGGGUGGCCUAUGUGUGGUUAGCGGCAUCGUGCUGCUGGCACUGCCCAUCACCUUCAUCUACCACAGCUUUGUCCAGUGUUACCAUGAGCUGAAGGUCCGCUCGGUCCGCUGCAACCACAGAAACAGUUUGUCAGCUGAACUUGUCAACUGA